AUGUUUGCAAAAUUGCGCGAGUCUGUGCCUGUGCUUUGGUAUGGAAAGACCCCGCGCGACAACCCAGAGAUUUCCACUUUUCGGAAUCUUGUUCCAACGAUUCUGGUCAACGACAGCGAGACCAUCCUGCGCCUGUUUAUGGCUACAGUCCUAGAGAAGGAAGGAAUAUCACGUCAAUUCCCAGCCCCGCGAGCAAUGCAACCUAUUACUCGCAAGUGCGGCGUCGGUGCGCCCGGACGAAGAGCGAGAACACCCCAGAACGAUGGACCGAACAUCGCCCAAAACGGCCUCUGGCAGCUCUUACCCUUCUUCCGGAACCCAGAAAACGUCCUUCUUUUCAAACUUGACAUCUUGCUAUUGACAUGGACCUUUAUCGCCGGUAUCCUAAAGGAAAUGGACCAAAGUGCAACAACUCAAGCAUACGUAUCGGGCAUGAAAGAGUCACUCAGUCUUUAUGGGAACGAGCUUGUCAAUUUCAACACGUUCUUUUCUGUGGGAUAUGCCAUCGGCCUGAUUCCGGGACAAGUAAUUCAGACGAAGGUUCGUCCGAGCUAUUUCCUCCCAUUUUGUGAGAUAUCGUGGGGUAUUCUAGUGACCUGCAUCGCCCAAGCCCCCAACGCCCAAACAGUCUACGGACUCCGCAUCCUCCUCGGCCUCUUCUCAGCUGUCUUCUGGCCAACCGCCAUCUCGCUAAUUUUCAACUGGUAUAAGCCAGCCGAACUAGCAAAGAGGGUCGCCUUUUUCAGCGUCUCUGAUGCCGCGGGCGGAAUGUUCAUCAGUGCGCUCCAGGGAGCCCUGUAUACGAACAUGAACGGUGUCCAUGGCAUCUCGGGCUGGCAGUGGCUCUUCAUCAUCUCGGGUACCGUGACUAUCGGUCAGGGUCUACUUGGGCUCGUGGUCAUACCUGACACGCCUGCCCUGAGUCGUGCGCUAUGGCUUACAGCGAAGGAAAAGCGAAUCGCACAAGAGCGCAUGGAUAGCUUUGGGGCAAAUACGUCGAAGAUUAUUCCUGUGAGAGUUUUGAAGGAUAAGUUACGGAAAUUGGUAACUCACCCGGUGACCUACUUCUUUCUUUUUUCGUUUGCCUUGUCCGCCUGGGCUAGUCGGGCUAAUUCUUACUUCCCACUCUACCUGGAAGGAUUGGAAGAUGAGUCGGGGAAUCUUCGCUUCAGCACCUACCAGGUUAACAUCAUCCCGAUCGGGGGCUACGCGCUACAGAUUGUCAGUAAUCUCGGCCUGAAUGCAUUGUCUGAUUGGAAGCAAUGGCGCUGGCAGAUCAGUAUUGCGCCGCCCUUUUUGCUGGGUAUUGUGCUGAGUGUUUUGUCUGCUUGGCCGUCGGACUACAAGGUCAUUCUUGUGUUUUAUUUCUUGACGUAUGCGACGAAUGCGGGAAGUCCGUCGCUUUUGGCUUGGAUGGCGGAGUUGUUGAGGAAGGAGCCGGAGGCACGCUCGAUUCUUGUUGCGCUUACGGUUACUAUUGUUUAUGUUGGUCAUGCUACGAUUCCUUUGAGGGUGUGGCGGACGGCGGACUCGCCGAGGUAUCCGAUUGGGUUUCCUCUAGCGACUGCUUUUACGUUUUCGUCUGUUGUUGUGCAGGUUGGGAUGCUUUGGUGGCAGCGGCGGUAUUAUCGGGAUGAGGAGGAGGUUUACUCUUCGUUUGUUGCGGAUGGGGAGUUUGCUAAACCCUCUGAUGGGAACGCACAUACAAAAGAUAAGGGGCCAAGUACAGUCAUAUCAGAGGCAUGA